GCACAGCAGCAGCUCUCUAAGACACAAACCCUCUCUCUCUCUCUCUCUCUCUCUCUCUCUCUCUCUCUCUCUCUCUCUCAAUAUUAGGGUUCUUGAUGGAGAAGGAAGAAUGCAGCAGUAGUGAAUCCGGUUGGACCACGUAUAUAUCGUCGCCGAUUAAAGUAGAUGAAGAUGACGUUGUGGAUGAGGACUAUUAUGAAGGGUAUAACAUCUAUAACUACUACAGAAAAGGAGAAAAUGAGGAAGAGAAGAAUAAAGAUAGCGAUGAUUCAAUGGCCUCAGAUGCUUCGUCUGGGCCAAGUUAUCAGCGCUAUCACCAAAAGAACAACAAAAGUGGACGAAGAGAGGCGUGCAAUUUGAAGAACGAGAAAAGUGAAGGUAAUAGUAAGAGUAAUAAUGAUCACAAAAAAACUGGUAGUUCAUACAAGAAAAAAGAGAAGAAAACGAAAGAAGAUAAGACUACCUAUAGAAUGAAGUGACUAAUCUUUGUAUAUUAAUCAUUGUUUUAAUAUGUUAAUAUUUUUUGUAACUUAAUGUUUUGUAUA